AUGCUAAUCAAAAUGCUGAACCAGCUCUUACAGACAGCUCUUACCCUUGUGAGUUAAUGGUCACAGUUUUCUGGAGGCUCCUGCAUACGUGGGUCGUCCUUCGGAAGUUCUAUGAUACAGAGCUUCGCAGAAGGAGAAUGACUCCGAAGACAUGGCUCACCGGAAAACGUGCUCUGCAACGUGCUCUCGCGCGCUUCCGAAGUUGCUCUGUAUCGAUCACGUGAUAUUAGCCUCGCGCCUUCUUUCAACCCGAUUGAACCCAAUGUUAUUCCCCUCACGCUGCUCCCUUUGUAUCUUGUGCCGCCCUUCAGGUGAGCUCACGAAGCCUGACAGGGAUCUAUGUGGUCGCACUAUCUCCAGCUCCCUUUAUUGCGCUGAGCGCACGCAUAUAAGAGUGGUCAUAAUCCUUGACCUCACAGUGUUCAUUACUCUCAACUGGUGUUGAUAUCCCUUUUGCAAUCCAGAGGCAAGGUUUUUUCUAAUACAAUGGAUUACAACGUUUCUAAUGGCAGGCACAUGAUCAACCCUUAUCCCGUCGAUAUGGGUUCUGGUCUUUUGAACUAUCCACAGCACUUCGUAUUUUCCCAGUCACCCGCUUUCAGCGAUGUCUCCCUUCCUUUGGAUGAUUUGUAUCGUUCCCAAUCAGCACCUCCGUGCCUGGAGCAAGGAAAUAAUCUUUUCAAUUCCCCCCUUUCCAUUCCUCAGCUAUUUCCUAAUUGCGACAUGUUCUCAUUGGCUGCUUCGACACACGGUAGCGUUCAUUCUUCGUCAAAGGAACAUAUUCCUCGCCCACCGAAUGCGUUCAUGCUCUACCGUUCACACAUGCUCAAGAGCCGGGGUAAUGCUGACCCUGAGAAGCGUCAGCAGAAUCUCAGCCGCAUCGCAGGGCAGCUUUGGAGAGCUAUGAGUAAAGAAGACAGAGCUGUGUGGCAUAAGAAGGCAGCGGAAGUCCAAGCCGCUCACUAUGCGAAGUAUCCUGGCUACAAGUUCAAGCCCAACCGCCCAGUACGGCGUGCUCGCUCGUCCAGGGUCCGCCCUCAGGGUGUUACACGUGAUGAUCUCCUCGGUGUAUUAGAAACGCAAUUUCCAUCGGCUUUCUCGUCCCCUGCUAGGCUCUCCCCUCUACAUUUUCCACCUUUCCUUCCAGCCUUUUCUUUACCUGAGGGAAUGUGUGGCAACGAGCAGCCGAACGCCAUUCUGCCCCUUCCUCAGUCUCAGUGCACGAAUGCGCUUGGCUUGGAAUUGAAUUCCUCACAGCCAUCACAGCCCACUACACCAAGAUCAGAACUCGCUGAAAUGCUCUCCGGUUUGGCCCUAGAUCUUGAUGCCACACCAACUGCAGCAACUUUCCAACGGAAUGGUGACAUACCCCAGCCCGAUGCUUCUAUGUCCCAAGACGACUUAUUCCUUGGAAUGGAGCAACUGCGUCUUCCUCACAAUUCAAUGGAUUAUGACGUCAAUCGUCUGUCUCCACUACUUCAUGGAUCGAUGGACGGAUAUCAGCCGUCAGGCCAAUCCUAUUUGUGUUCGGACACUUUCAGUGGAGCUCUAUCGUGCACCUCUGAUUCGAUGUUCUCCGACUUUAAGUGUGCUCUCUCAAUGCCGCUUGACCACGAAAGUGAUGAGUGGAGCAAUACCUCGUGGAUGCUUGACAUGGAUCAGAACUUAGAUAUUUAG